AUGUACCGAGUGUCCACUGAAUACAAGUUGCAAUGCCAAAUCGACGAAUUGAUGGUGCAAUUGACUAAGAAAACAUCCGAACUAGACCGUUUGGAAGAAGAAAAUAAAAUAUUGCGAAAGGAUAACUCGAACUGGGAGACAUUUGCAAAGCUGCUGAGUGUGACAUCGCAAAAAAACGACGAAAAAAAUGCGGAACUUAAAAGAACCAUCACAACAUUGGAAUCCGACAACAGAGCUCUUCGCCACCGGUCGAGAAAAGUAAAAGAGGUUGAGAAAAAACUAUCGGAAGCCAAUUCACAAUGUAAAAAGCUGCAAAGUGAUUAUGACAAAGCAAAAGAAGCUUACGAAUACUACCAGGGUAAAUGUGGAACAAUGAAAGUGCAUUUGGAUUACCUCAGAGAAAAAUUAGUAUUCGCUCAAGAAGAAUCGGUCAGGUUUAGAACACUGUUAAAUGAAGUCGUUGAAAAAGUGACUGGUUUCGCCACAAAGGUUUCAGUGGCUGAUACGGAGUUGGUGUCCAAACUAGGGGACAACAAUCAAGAGGAUCACGACGCGCGAACAUUUUUAAACAGUGUGAUUUAUCAAGCGGAGAAAUGGAUGAGUUGGAUUUCGGAUACUUUGGAGUUAUCUCAGUUUGAAAGUCUCAAUCAAUGUGAUCACCUGUGA